CAAGAACAUGGAGCUUGAGCGAGAGGUCGAGGCUCUGAAGGGCAGCGGUGACGCCGGCGCCCACGGCAAGCGCUCGCGGGUGGGCCGUUACGCCACCAUGAUGGCUUCUCGCCAAACUACCAACAAUGAAAACAGCCUGGCCCCUCUCGCCGGUGACAUUGCCAAUCUCGGCCUCAAGGACCGAUCCGACGAUAUCCAGAGCUUUGCAUCAAAGGAAACAGCCGGCAAAAACGGCAUCUCUUUCAACAUUCCAUUUUGAGGGCCCGCCAGGUCAUGACGACUCAGAAGGACUUGCCGCUUCGUUGUUGACACUGCCACUCAAUCGACACUGCCUCUGUCGCCACCAUACCCUCGCGAGUCACAGCCGCUCCUGUCGCUUGUCAUCGGCUGCAGGUUUACGAAUGAAUGCGUGCCCUUGCCGCGGCCCUGACGCUCUGCCACGCACUUCGGCUGAUGACUUGUCUGUAUAUGCUACAUGCCACAACUGCCCCCCCCCCAUGUCUUGCUCCUCGCUCGCUCGCUCGCUCGCCUUUGUCCUUUCGCUCUCUCCCUUUUUUGGUCGAUCUGGUGCUCUCCAGUUCAUUUCCGUUUCGCUGUUUCGGCCAUGCAGCUCCAUGCAGUACGUUGUUUCUUUAUUUUAAGGAUUGCUGACUUGAUCUCGGUCCCUGAGCAUUUUGGACGCUUAAAGUAUUUUCACGUAAUAUGACAGCUAUCCCAACUUGCUGCUCGAGCAAAUACGAGCAAGAGGCAGGAGAGUCGGGAAAGGAGACUGGAGCCCUGGCCGCAACGUCGUCAGCCUUGGAGCCUUGGAGCCUUGGCGAAUGACUGCUCGGUGUUGUUCCCACACUUGAUAAGCAAUGUAAACCAGACCGCCACUCAUGCCAGCCCGUUGGUUGAUCACGCAUUCGCAUUCGCAACAGCAGGUAC